AGUCUCCACUCUCCACUUCCGGCAGCUAUUAGCUUUAGAGAGAAACUGCAUCAACAAUGGCGUUGAGACUGGCAUCGCUAAAACGCGCCGCGGUUGAGUCAUGCCGCAUCUUCGAAACCCGAAGCUUCAGCCACGUCGCGGCUAUUCCUCCGCCUUUUAACAGCGUCAUCGAUCGACCCAUCGUUACGCCGCCGCUGAUUUCACCUGAGUUCGAUGAGAAUCAGAGUCAAUCGGGUUUGAUCGAUGAGAAGAGCUUCGGAUUCGGGUUUCCUAGUUUCGCUUUCAGUGGAUCCAUGGACCUGAUGGCUGUGCCCAAGAAGAAGGUUUCUAAACACAAGAGAGGGAUAAGAAAUGGGCCAAAGGCUCUUAAGCCUAUUCCUGUCAUCAUCCGUUGCAGGUUUGAGUUUGGUAUGAGAUUUAGUUUUGAGGUUGUGAAGGAUUUAAUGUAUGUCCCCUUUCUACCAUCACUUGGCAUUCAAGUAUAAAGGAGUUGCGGGCGAGUCAAGCUGCCACAUUUCUUCUGUUGCAGCGGUGAGCGGGUAAACCCCAGUGAGCAAGGCCACUAGAACUGCUCACCAAGAUCUCCUAUAUGAUUACUCCUUGUUGGAUAUCCAGAGGGGUACAUCUUGGGUUUCUUAGUCCUAGACUCGAGUGAUACUAUAGACUUUGUUGACUCAUAUUAUUUGGGUUUCAGCUGCAAGAUCAAUAUGCUCAUGCUUCUUUUUUUUGACAAGUUAUGUUGUUGUCAUUGCUUGUUGCAAAGUCUAGGACAGCUCAUUUAUAUAUGUGCUCUCAGACUUAAAAUCAACAUCUACUUAAAUAAAGAAAAAUCUUCCCAUGAAA